UGAAGAUGCUCGCGAUCUGCGACGUCGAGGGAUAUUGUUUCGUCAGCAGCGUCGACGGUGGAUUUUCGGGGGAUCCCAAGCUAAGGGCCUGGUCUGACUGCCCUCUGGGCCUCUGGGACGGACCACUCGGCACGUUCUACAUGUCCUGCUCGGCGCCUACAAGGAGUUCAGUGAAAAGAUCGACGGUUCUGGCGUGCACAUCGCAAUGAACAAAUACUUCACAAGCCCGACACUGUUCGAGUGUCUUGCGAGCCACGACAUCUUCGCGGUGGGUACGUACCGGGUGAAGCGAACCGCUGGCGCGAUCCCUUUCUUGCAGAGCCUCGAUCGCAUCCCCGUCAAGCGGGGAGACAUGCACUUUGCCCGCGCCGGCAAUAUCGCAUUCGUGCAGCGGCUCGACUCGAAGGAUAUCAUCCUGUGCAGCACCAUCCACCUCGCCCAACCUCGCGCCGCCAUCGGCGAGCCCAAGAAGGAGGACGACGACGGCGGCGACGACCAUUUCGCACCUCUACCGUACAGCCUGCGCAAAGCUGGGCAGAAGGGGAAAUCCAUGGAGCUACAGCAGCCGUGGAUGCGUAAGGAUUACGUGGCCAACAUCGGGGGAGUAGAUACGGCCGACCAACAGAAUGGUUCCCACGCCCAUGACCACGAGGCGUGCACGAACUACUGGCGGCGAGUGAUGGAGGCCAAGAUUGAGGAGACGUUCACCAACAUUUUCGUGAUGUUCAAGGCUUUCGUAACCUUCUUGGAGGAUGAAGCGAAGGAUAGGCUCGAGGGAGUAGACCUAGAGCUUGACGUGUCAAUGAAGUUGGAGGGAGUGGUGGACGAGCUGGCCAGGUUGGCCAAUCUUGAGAGGUCGGCCUGGACGAAAAGAUGUCGACGGAGCUCAUGGGGAGGUGCUGUGUUGGUAGCCUGAACAAGGGGGGGAAACACGGAUCUGCUCGAGGGGGGAUCCGUUGACAUAUUUCUUGGCGAGCAGACUGAUCGUAGCGCAUCCUCCUCCCGUCCGUGAUGAAUUUGUUUUACUCUGUCGUUUUAUCUGUUGUGUCUUCCCGAUACCAGCAGUGGUAUUAUGGUGUGUGGCGUUUGUGUUGUGUACUUGUUUACCACCCAUCUGUAUCAUGCAGCGGUCGAAGUACGAUCGUUUUCAUCCUUGCGAGAAAAAGUGCAAGUUAUUGAAUCACAAUAUUGUAGGUAUUUUAUUCCGCGCUAUUUCUGAAAGCGCUUGUCUUUAGAGUCUGAAGUGUCCUCCGGGAUAUGCAGUGAAGAGUACUUGUCGGGCAACUGUUAGUGGGCGCCGGGAGUGUCACGUGUGUGUUUUUAGCCCCCCCAACCC